AUGGCUCCGUUAACCGUUCUUGUCGGCGAGGCCAAACCGGGCGAGACCGCCCCCCGUAGAAAAGCGUCGCAAAAGAAUGGCGCCCUCGAAAGACCCGCAGACAUGUCUGCCACCACGCUUCCCGAGUACAUCGAGGAGUGCGUGGCCAAGCACUCCAGCAGAAACUGCAUGGGAUGGCGUGACUUGCUCGAGGUCCACAACGAGAAGAAGACCAUCACCAAGGUUGUGGAUGGCGAGGAGCAACAGGUCGAGAAGAACUGGACCUUCUACGAGUACUCCUCCUACAAAUACAGCACCUUCAAGGAGACCCUAGUUGCCAUCAAGGCCCUUUCCAAGGGUCUUGCGGAGAUUGGCUUGAAGCCCAACCAGACCGACAAGUUGCAUAUCUAUGCGUCCACUUCCCACAAAUGGAUGAAGACCUUCUUGGCUGCUGCCUUCCAGAACAUUUCCAUUGUGACUGCCUACGACACCUUGGGCGAGCAAGGCUUGACCCAUUCGCUUGUCUCCACCGAGUCCAACGCCAUCUUCACCGACAAUGCUCUUUUGGGCACUUUGGUCAAGCCUUUGCAGAAGGCUCCUCACAUCAGAUACAUUAUUCACAGCGAGGACAUUAACCCCGAUGACAAGAGAGAAGAGGGCAAGCUCUACAGCAACGCCGAGGCUGCUAAGAAAAAGAUUUUGGAGGUUCGUCCCGACAUCAAGUUCUUCUCCUACAGCGACAUCUUAAAGCUCGGUGAACAGUCUAAGGCUGAAAUCCAGGGCAAGGCCAAGCCUUCCGACUACGCUUGUAUCAUGUACACUUCCGGUUCCACUGGUGACCCCAAGGGUGUUGUCAUUACCCAUGCUAAUAUUGUCGCUGCCAUUGGUGGUGUGUCGACAAACGCAGGCAAGGACUUGGUCAAGCCCACCGACCGUAUCAUCGCCUUCUUGCCAUUGGCCCAUAUUUUCGAGAUGGUCUUUGAGUUGAUCUCUUUCUGGUGGGGUGGCUGUCUCGGUUACGCCAAUGUCAAGACUUUGACUGACGUAUCUUGUAAGAACUGUAACUCUGAUUUGUCCGAGUUCAAGCCAACUGUGAUGGUCGGAGUUGCCUCCGUGUGGGAAUCUGUCCGUAAGGGUAUUCUCGCGAAGGUCCUUCAAUUGCCAUACAUUGUCCAAAAAAUCUUCUGGACUUCUUACAGACUCAAGUCCGCCAUGAGCAACUACCACAUCCCUGGCUCUUCUGCAUUUGACAUCGUGUUCAGAAAGGUCAAAGCUGCCACUGGUGGUCAAUUGCGUUUGGUCUUGAACGGUGGUUCUCCAAUUUCGAGAGACACUCAAGAGUUCAUCACUACUUUGCUUUGUCCUAUGUUGAUCGGUUAUGGUUUGACUGAAACAUGUGCCAAUGCAACUGUCGUUGAACUUAAGCACUUCGAGCAAGGCGUGGCUGGUACUCUUGUUGGUAGUGUGACUUGUAAGUUGGUCGAUGUUGCUGACGCUGGAUACUACGCUAAGAACAACCAAGGUGAAAUCUGGUUGUCCGGUGGUGCAAUCACCUCUCAAUACUACAAGAACGAGAAGGAGACAAAGGACUCAUUCACCGACGAUGGUUGGUUCAAAACUGGUGACAUCGGUGAAUGGGCUCCAAAUGGUGCAUUGAAAAUUAUCGACCGUAAAAAGAACUUGGUCAAAACCGCUAAUGGUGAAUACAUUGCAUUGGAAAAAUUGGAAUCUACCUACAGAUCUAACUCUUUGGUUUUGAACAUUUGUGUCUAUGCUGACCAAAACAAGGUCAAGCCAGUCGCAAUGAUUCUUCCUAACGAGCAACAUUUCCGUCAUUUGUUGAUCGACAAGGGAGUGGCUACCGCUGACCAAUUGAAGAGCAAAGAGCUCAGUGACUUUUACGAUGACAAAAAGGUCGUCAAGCUUUUCCUCGACUCGUUGUUGGCAACUGGUAAGGCACAAGGCUUGAAGGGUAUUGAACUCCUUCAAAAUGUUGUUCUUGUUGAUGACGAGUGGACACCACAGAACGGAUUUGUUACUUCGGCACAGAAGUUGCAAAGAAAGAAGAUUUUGGAAGCAUACAAGUCCCAAGUCGAGAAGGCCUACAAGUAA